GUUGGUGCGUGCAAUAGAUCAAAUUAUCAUAUCAUUGAAAUAAAUUUUUAAAAAAGAAAAGAAGACGCAGUGAAUUCGGAACAAGAAUUAAAUGUAAACAAAAUUAACGGUAAAUUUCAUUCUACUCGACCGGGCGCAAUGUCAAAAAGGAAUAAAAUAAAAGGAGAGUAAACGCUGAAGAUUUAAGAGAUGAAUACAAUGACGUAAAUGAGCUUGAUUUUGACGAGAGUACGGAAGCAAGAGGAUGAGAACUGAGAAUUGAGAUUCAAGAGAGUCUGCACUUGAACUGUCGUUUUUGCUGCGUGGCAAUUUUUCUGGCAUAUAUUUCGCUAAUCGCAUUUUGACGUGUACGUUGUUUUAGCAUUACGACGGACGUUGGUGAGCAGAAAAAAAAAAGAAAAAACUACGACUGCCAACGUUCAAACAUAGAGAAAGUGUAGGAAUCCAUAACACAUCAAGUCAUUUUCGCAAUUUAUAAGCUAAGAAAAGGAGUGCAGUGCAAUAAGAUUUCUUUGGAAAAAGUGUUUUUUUGUAUAAAAACUAUAACACACAAAAACGGCGACAACGACAACAUCGACAGCAAUGGCUAUUAAACCGGGUAUGGGCCGCAAGACAAGUAGUAAAAAUCCUCCUAUAUUAUCGCACGAAUUUGUUAUACAAAAUCAUGCCGACAUUAUAUCCUGUGUGGCCAUGGUUUUCGUUUUAUGUCUAAUGGAUGAAUCUACCUCGCCUUUUGCCAGUGCAUUUAUCUCGCUGCAUCAUAAUGUAACCGGUGAAGAACCAAGUCGUGAACAGCCCAUGGGUAAACCAUUCACUUAUAUUGCCGGCAUUAAGGAUUAUUGUGCGAUUUUCUUUUACACAUUAACCUGCAUAAUCAUGCAUGCCAUCAUCCAAGAAUUUAUUUUAGAUAAAAUUUCUAAAAAACUGCAUUUAUCAAAAUACAAGCUGUCGCUAUUCAACGAGUCCGGUCAAUUGGUGACCUUUUAUGUGAUGUCGUUCCUAUGGGGUGCUAAUAUCAUAAUGCGUGAAGGAUAUUUUACGAAAUUCUCAUUACUAUGGGAUGAUUUCCCACAGCAUCCCAUGACAUUCUUGCACAAAUUCUAUUUUAUUAUACAACUCUCCUAUUACCUGCACAUGCUACCGGAACUAUAUUUUCAGAAAGUUAAAAAAGAGGACCAACAACCGAAAAUAGUGCAUGCGGUAUGCGGUUUCUCGGUCAUCUGCUUGGCCUACACAUUCGGCUUUCAGCGCAUCGCAUUAGUGCUUUUAACGUUGCAUUACUUAAGUGAAAUUGUAACUCACAUUUUUCAGUUGAUUGGCGUGUUUGAUCGUGACGAGAAAUUGGCAAGUACACGUAUAGUGAACAGUGCUGUUUUCGUAUUCGUACGCUUUACAACUAUGGUCAUUGGAGUCUUGACCUUGUAUUAUGGGGUAGUAGCUACUACGUCUAGUAAAUUACGUGGUUUUAUGGCAUUGAUUGGCCUAAUGGCCUUGCAAGGCUAUUUAAUAUUUUCAUUUAUUACCGAGCAAUUAAAAGCGAAACGUGAGGCUCAACAAUUGGCCAAACAGCAGGCAUCACAAAAGAAAACGAAAGCUACCAAGGAGAAAGCGAAACGUAAACGGGAAUCUGAUCUACCGGAAGCUGAUCAAUCUCCCAAUGCUCCUAAGGCUAAGGUCAAAUAAAAUCCAAUCACUAUAUUAGCACAACUUUCUCUAAGAGGAGACAACAACAGCAAUGGAAUGCAUUUAUAUUCUGGCUUUCUUCAACUUCCGAGCCAUAAUGUUCAAGCUCUUGUUUCUUCUUUCUUUCUUUUCUUGUUUACUGAUGAUGAUGAUGAUCAUGAUGCUGUGUUGUCGCGCAUAUAAAACUUCCGUUCAAAUUGAUUCUUCUUCACAACAUUCUCAACGCUUCCAAGGAUUUAUUAUUAAAAUGAUUAUUUAAAAAACAAACAAAAAAAAAAAAUGUAACUGUUUUUU